UCAAAGAAAGGAGGUGGACACCGGAUUCCCACAGGCCUGGACCCUUCAGGCUGCUCACUGCCUCCCUCCCUCCGGCGCGAGCUCCUCUCCUCUCUCCCGCGCUAUAAAAACGCCCACCACCUCUCCAAGCUGCCUACAACCACCUUCGCCGAACGCGCAAAGCUCCGUUAGAAAAACCGAGUCGCGAGAUCUAUCGAUCCAACGCAAGCAACCGCGCCCCGCUAUUUAAUGGCCGCUCCGGCCUCCUCCCCCACCGCGUCUUCGUCACCCCCGCCCAAGCCUCCAAACAAAGCCUCCGCCAUGCUAGAGCCGCCGUCGUCGCCCUACCUCGACGCCGCGGCCUCCAGCGUCAGCUCCGCGAGCAGCAGCGCGGGCAGCAGCCAGGCAGACCGCUCGUCGACGUUCUCCCUCGAUUCGUCGUCGGCCGCGACGCCGUCGUCGUCCCCGCCGCGCCCGCACCGCGCGAGCGAUGUGGCCUGGGCGCCCAUCCGGGGCCGGGGCGCCGCGGCGCCGCUUGGCCCGCGGGACUUCACGCUCCUCCGCCGCGUCGGCGCGGGGGACAUCGGCACCGUCUACCUCUGCCGCCUCGAGAACAGCCAGCCCGACGGUGGUUCCGCGUCGUGCGCGUACGCCAUGAAGGUGGUGGACCGGCGCGCGCUCGCCAAGAAGGGUAAACUGGGCCGCGCGGCAGCCGAGAAGCGCGUCCUGCGCCGGCUCGACCACCCAUUCCUGCCCACCAUGUUCGCGGAUUUCGACGCGGGCACGGACUUCUCAUGCGUCGUCAUGGAGUUCUGCCCUGGAGGCGACCUCCACUCCCUCCGGCACCGAAUGCCCGGGCGCCGGUUCCUGCUCGCCUCCGCUCGGUUCUACGCCGCCGAAGUGCUCCUGGCGCUCGAGUACCUGCACAUGAUGGGCAUCGUGUACCGCGACCUCAAGCCGGAGAACGUGCUCAUACGAGCCGACGGCCACAUCAUGCUCACCGACUUCGACCUGUCGCUCGAGUCAACGACGUCGCCGGCGCUCGAGGACGCGAGGAACGGGGCCGACGACGAGGCACCAGCACCGACCUGCCUCCCCAUCCCAGAGCUGCAGCUCCUUCGGCUGAGGAGGUGGAAGCGCCGGGCCGCGCCGAGGGCGCCUCGGCCGCAGUUCGUGGCGGAGCCGGUGGACGCGAAGUCGAACUCCUUUGUGGGCACCCACGAGUACGUGGCGCCCGAGGUGGCGCGCGGCGGCGGGCACGGCGCGGCCGUGGACUGGUGGGCGUACGGCGUGUUCCUCUACGAGCUGAUCUACGGGCGCACACCGUUCGUGGGCGAAACCAACGAUGCCACGCUCCGCAACAUCGUGCGCCGCCCGCUCGAGUUCCCCGCCGCGCCGCACGGGGGUGGGGACGCCGCGGCACGCGACCUGAUCACGCGGCUCCUGGACAAGGACCCGCGCUCGCGUCUCGGGUCGCGGCGCGGCGCCGCCGACGUGAAGGCGCACGCGUUUUUCAAGGGCCUCAACUUCGCGCUGCUGCGGUCGUCGGCGCCGCCCGUCGUACCGCCGGCGGCCGCGCUGCACCAGUGCGACAACGCCGCCGACGUGCAGCAGCUGUUCGAUCACUUCUGACGCCCGUUCGUUCAGCGCGCCCAAAUCAAGCUAGAAUUUUUGCUGUCGAUCGAUCAAAAGUGAAGACACGGACUAACCAGCUAGAUGCCUGUGUUGACUAGCUAAUUACUCUACUCCAUUAGCACUGCUGUACAACACUGUUAAUUACUAAUGAAUCAAUCUAUUUUUAAUUA